ACCGUACGCUCUGCUGCCUCAAGCGGGCCACUCUGCGCCCUCGCCCGUCGGCAUGCACAUUUAGUUCCGCUCUUUCAACUCGUCCCCCCGUCCUCCUCCAGCCGACGAACGUUUGCUGUACCCGCCAUCAUGGAAGCAGCCGCGGACGGCCCUAGCCAUGAGGGUCACCCAGUGCUUAUGCUGCUAUCGGCAGCUUUCUGGGUAAUUCUAUGGAUGCUGUCAUGGGUUAAGGCACUCGUCGCUUUCGUGACCAUCACCGUUCCGACAUUGAUUUAUGCCAUACUGUCCUACUCAAUGACAUUGACGCUCAACUUUUGGUCAUUCGCUAUCAUGUUUGUGCUCUUUGCUAUCGCUCUGAAUUAUUGGAUACGCUUUCGCUACCUCAACACCUACACCAAGCUCAAGGAAGCUCCGCUGCUGAAAGCGGACGCGCAGGAACUCAACCCGGACGUGAACACUCCGGAGCAGAUGCCUACAUUCCAUAACUACCUGGAUGAGUUUUUACAGGCCGUCCGGGUUUUCGGUUUCCUCGAAAAGCCAGUAUUCCACGAACUCGCAAGACAUCUGCAAACGCGGAGGCUCAUCGCUGGUGACACCUUAUCCCUUGACGAAGACAAGAGCUUCUAUUGCGUGAUCGACGGUAGCGUCCAGGUCUAUGCUCGCACAGGCUUCCCCAACCAAGAUACGGGAAGCGGGUCUUGGGAUGAAGAAGACAUGAACGGCUACCAAUUGCUCAAUCAAGUUGGUUCUGGAGGGAUGUUGUCCAGUCUUUUCACUAUCCUCAGCCUCUUCACGGAGAACGUCAAGCUGAGUUGGCAAGACGACAAUCGAGACGAUGACCUUGACUCGGUCAGCGUACCGUCGACAACUCAGACGCCGCCGCGGACACGUUCAAGGAGGUCGGACUCGGACGUCUCCAACUUUAACCUUGGCACACUGAGAUCACCCAACCGUAGGCCGUCGGUUUCAUCAUCAGGCUCUACGGUGCACCAGGAAGAUGUAACGUCGCCUCGUCCGCAGUCCCCCCCAAGGCGCUCUCAGUCGCCCUUUCCUCAGUCAUCCCGCAUUCCAUCUGGUGGACGUCCAAAGUCUCAUGUUUCUGCCGAACCUGAUAGCCACUAUAGCGCCGUCGCUCGCGCUGCGGAAGAUAGCACCCUAGCUGUCAUCCCUGCGGAGGCAUUCAGGAGAUUGACUAAGAAAUUCCCCAAGGCAACAGCACACAUCGUCCAGGUGAUCUUGACGCGGUUCUCGCGAGUCACGUUCAACGCGGCACAUAACUACCUUGGGCUCACAACUGAGGUCCUGCGAACGGAGAAGGCCAUCAACGACAUCGCUUGCCACCCUCUGCCACCGGCGUUCUACGAAUCCGGACUCAAGCAACUCAGACAACGCUUUGACGGCGUAGCCAGGACGAACGAGGCAGACUCCGAUGAUGACUAUUUCAGCAUGAAUUCUCCAUCCCUGAAUCCCUCCCAGACGCCGUUCCUGGGCGAGAAGUUGACUGAUAGUCCGCGUCCAACGAAAUACUCUCCAGCGACCCCUUUCAAAAGCGGGACUCCGCGGCAAACCGUACAAGCUGGCGACCUCCAUACAACUGUCGGCAACCCAGUGGAGUCGUCUCGGCCUAUGGCACGCUCCAUGAGCACGGUCCUCGGGCCGCAAGCAACGGGCCAGGGACGCCGGCGGGAGCCCUCGCCGUCGCACAAUCAACCAGGCCUUCACCAGCGAGGGAGACCUAUAGUGACGGAAGACUUCGAUCUCCGAGACGAGGUGAUGUCCUGCAUCGCGAAGUCGAUAGGUCUUAUCCAGCCGCCUCUCAGUAACGAGGAUUCAGUCGAGGCAUCGCCUGCGUUCGCACCGAGCGAGGCGCCGAGUGCUGCGCCGUUCAAAUCCUCAUUCGGGUCUUUGUCUUUAUUGGAGAUCGGUGAUGAUACUGCAUCGAAUGUGACGGGCGCGUCGUCCAUACUGACUGAUGGGCACAUGAGCGGUCUCGAUAACGAGGUCGAGAUCCUGUUCUUCCCUGCUGGGUCUGUCCUCGCCAAGGCCGGCGAGCGUAACACGGGUCUCUUCUACGUCAUUGAUGGUUUCUUGGACAUCUUGCUGCCCUCGCAGAAGUCACCGAGCGGCGAGACCAAAGGCAAGGCAGAACCCGUUGACGAAGAGACGCAGCCCACGCGUCCUGGGCUGGGCACCUGGGGUACGUCGAGCCAUAGCAGGACUCCGAGCUUCAACCUCUCUGGUUCCCGGAAGGCGAACACACACAAGCCUCUCUUCACUGUCAGACCUGGUGGCAUCGCGGGGUAUCUGUCCUCUCUUUGUCAGAUUGCCUCGUAUGUCGACAUCGUUGCGAAGACGGAUACGUAUGUAGGAUUCCUGCCAUCGCCUGCGCUAGACCGGCUGUUGGAGAAACGACCCAUAGUCCUUCUGACGCUCGCGAAACGCCUCAUUUCCCUGCUGUCGCCGAUCGUACUUCAUAUCGACGGUUCCUUGGACUGGAUGCAAGUAAACGCCGGGCAAGUCCUCUGGCGACCGGAGGAUGCAAGCGAUAGCUUCUACAUCGUGAUUAAUGGUCGUCUGAGAGCUAUUGCGGACAAGGAGAGCGGUGGGAUCAGCAUCCAGGCUGAAUACGGUCAGGGGGAUACGGUAGGGGAGCUCGAUGUCAUUACUGGCUCACCUCGGACAAACACUGUACAUGCUAUCCGUGAUACUGAGCUGAUCAGGAUGCCACGGACGUUGUUCAAUGCCAUAUCUUCUCGCAAUCCACGGACAACAGCGCAGAUCCUAAAGAUGAUUGCCUCGCGAGUGCGGACCGAGAUCGACUCGUCCAAGAAAGGCGCAAUCGAGCUUUUACGCAGCAACAGCAACCUCAAAACCGUCGCCGUCCUCCCCGUCACGCGCAACGUCCCCGUUGACGCAUUCGCCCGCAAGCUGCACGCAGCCUUGGAAAGCGUCGGCGCGCCCACUUCGUAUCUCAACCAAGCCUCGGUCUCCGACCACCUCGGGCGCCAUGCGUUCACCCGGAUGGGCAAGUUGAAGGCGGCUGGGUGGCUCGCAGAGCAGGAGCAGAAGUAUCGAAUUGUUCUCUAUGUUGCGGACUCGCCUGUGAACAGCUCGUGGACGCAGACUUGCAUCCGCCAGGCGGACUGCGUCAUGGUCGUUGGGAUGGGCGAUGAUCCGAGCUUAGGAGAGUAUGAGAGGCUUUUGCUCUCGUUGAAGACUACUGCGAGAAAGGAGCUCGUGCUGUUGCACUCUGAUCGUUCAGUUGCACCAGGAUCUACACGAGAGUGGCUGAAGAGCCGACCAUGGGUACACCAACAUAUUCACGUGGAACUUCCAGGAAUCGUGGGGUCAAUACCGCGGACGGCCAUACCGCAGCAAGAUCCCGCUGCAAUAGCAGCCUUCAGGAACCUGAAGGACCGCGUUCAGAGCGAGAUCAGGAAGUACCGCGGUGGGUCGGGUGACCCCCGGCCACAGCGACCACCUCACUCAAGUGACUUCGCACGGCUCGCAAGACGGAUAUGCGGUAAAUCGAUUGGAAUCGUGCUUGGUGGUGGUGGAGCGCGAGGUAUCUCACAUCUGGGUGUCCUCCGAGCACUGGAGGAAUAUGGUAUUCCAAUUGAUAUGGUCGGAGGCACUAGCAUGGGUGCUUUCGUCGGCGGGCUGUACGCGCGUGAGGGCGACGUAAUCUCGAGCGCUGGGCGAACGAAGCAGUUCAGUGGACGCAUGGGUAACUUCUGGAGGAUGCUGUCCGACGUCACGUACCCUAUUGUUGCGUACACAACGGGCCACGAGUUCAACCGGUCGAUAUACAAGUCCUUCUAUGAUCUGCAUAUUGAAGAUAUGUGGCUACCGUACUUCUGUAUAUCUACGAACAUCAAUACCUCUCGCAUGGAAAUCCAUGAGACUGGGUUUGCAUGGAGAUUCAUACGGGCUUCGAUGACACUUGUUGGCUUGCUACCUCCAUUGUGCGACAACGGUAACAUGUUAGUCGAUGGAGGCUACAUCGAUAACCUUCCGGUUGCUACGAUGAUGUCUAUGGGCGCAAAUGCGGUCAUUGCAUCUGACGUCGGUUCGAUUGACGACAAUUCGCCGCGCAACUUUGGGGACUCCGUGUCUGGGUGGUGGCUUCUGAUCAACCGUUGGAACCCCUUCUCAAGCGCCAGGAGUGUCCCAGCUAUCACCGAAUUGCAGGGGCGGCUAGCAUACGUUUCAAGCGUCAAGACGCUCGAGGAAGCCAAGGUUGCACCCGGGUGUCUGUACAUGGGUAUGCCUGUCCAGGAGUUCGGAACACUUCAGUUCGGGAAGUUUGAGGAGAUACAGGAGAAGGGCUAUCGUGCGGCGAUGGACUUCUUGGAGAAGUGGAACGAGGAGGGUCGCCUGCCGUCUGCGUAUAUUGGCGAAGCACGGACAUCGAUGGCUGGCAAGAGAGGCAAGAGCGCACGCCGGAAUUCAAUUUAAGGACUGAACAGACAAUGCAUUGUAGUAUACAUCGCAUUUAUUCAUACGAUACUUUCCUUAUCGUGCAGACAGACGUUGCUCUUCGCAGUGUGAACACCGAAGAGUCGGAUGUACAGUUGGAGGCAUUUAGUCUUUGGGACAAGAAAAUACUCGAG